AUGGCGGACGGCAGACACCGGGCUACCCAGCCUGCCCCAAGCGGCUACGACGCCUCCUCUCUAACUCACGAAUUCGAGCAACUGAUGCGCACCAAACGGCUCAACCGACUUCAUGAACCUUCUCGCUCGCGUACUCACUCUACAUCACCAUCUCCGAUGUCCAGUUCGUCAAUCCCUCCACCACCCUCACGAGCUCCGCCACCACCUCCCUCUUUAGGCACUCCUGCCGUCGCUCCUUCCCCAAAGCCGCCCACCCCAUCAGCACUACGUGGUCUUCCUAUCAUGCCCUCGCCACCCCAGGAUGCAGCUUCUCUUAAAUUUUUCAAUUUAUUGAAGGGUUUAUCAGUUACACCUACGAAGUACGAAAAUCCGGGUCUAUUGGAUGAGGCCCUGUGCGUCAUUCCACUCGAUCGCCUCUAUUCCGAGGCCGAAGAGGAAUCCCAAAUUAUGCAGGCCCAGGCUGCCAGCGUGGCAGGGAAGCCGGAAUGGGGCUACCAAGAUUGUGUGAUCCGAGCAUUGUUAAGGCAUGACCCCCCAACCCCCGAUGAGACCGCCCGGGGCGCAUCCCGGGUCGAGCUGUACCGUUGUUCCGAUACUAGUUGUGCCGCCCAUGAGCGAUUCCCGCGGUAUUCCGAUGUUUGGCAAUUGCUACAAUCUCGACGAGGCAGAGUUGGCGAAUGGGCUAAUUGCUUCAGCAUGUUCUGCCGCGCAGUCGGGGCACGAGUCCGUUGGGUUUGGAACUCUGAGGAUUAUGUCUGGACCGAAGUGUACUCAGAACAUCAGCGGCGGUGGGUCCACGUUGAUUCCUGCGAGGGUGCCUGGGAUCAGCCACGCCUGUAUACCGAAGGAUGGCAGCGCAAGAUCUCUUACUGUGUUGCCUUCUCUAUCGACGGUGCGACCGAUGUUACCCGCCGCUACGUUCGCAACUUCUCUCGACAUGGAAGCCCUCGCAACCGCGCUCCCGAAGAAGUCGUUCUGUGGACGAUUCACGAAAUUCGACGCAAGCGUCGCGAAAACAUGUCGAAGACCGAACAACGUCGCCUGAUCAAGGAGGAUGAACGCGAAGAAAAGGAACUCCGGUGCUACAUGGCAUCUGCUCUGGCAGCAGAAAUUAACAACAUGCUCCCACAAGGCCUUACCGGUCGCCCUGAGGACCAGAAGCACCCAGGUGCUCGCCAGGAGGCCUCGACCGAGUGGCUCGCCGCACGAGGCCAUGGAAACUCAGGACCCGAUCGUUCCCCCGAAGGACGAUAA